AUGUCUGCCUCCAAGAACGCCGAUUCUGUCGUGUCCGAGCACGCCGAAGUCCAUAGCCGAGUGCCUCCCUCAGAACCGCUCACAACCAAGGGUCAUGCUCCCGGAGUCUUGUUAGGAAACGACCGGGUUCCUGAAUUCCACGCAGAGACACACGCGCCCGGUACUGCGCCGGCCAGCCGGACCUUCCAGCCCAACCCUGAAGGCCAAGUACCUGGUGGUUCGGAAGACGGUGCCCACGGUGCGAGUCACCCUGGGUCUGGCCAGACCAGCCAGGAGCUGCACGGCGGUCACCGCAAGAAGGAGGGUCACUUUGCCGCCCCGGCUCAUGGUGAUAUCGGGAUGGAGGACUCCGUCGGAUCGCGCAAGCUAGAUGUUGGUCGUGAGGGUCGUGGCAAGGCCUCAGAAAAUUAUCCGACCGCUGAAGACAGGGUUCCUGAAGGUGCCGAGACGGUGGCCGCUGAGAGACGUUGA